CUCGCGCACGCGCACUGACGUAUCCCCACGCCGCCUGGCGCCCGCCCGAGAGCCGCCUAGCCGAAUACGGUCGGCGCUCCCGCCCAGGAGGCGGUCGACGCGACGCCCCGAGCGCCCGGCCCAGCCGCCGCGGCCCGGCAGGUCCCACUCUAGGAGGCGGUCAGCAGAGCGCCCUUUUCCACUGUGACUCCAGCCACGUGCCCUGGGGGCCGGCUUCAGAGCCAUGGCGACUGAGGAGAAGAAGCCAGAGACCGAGGCUGUCAGAGCACAGCCAGCGCCUUCCUCGUCAGCCACUCAAAGCAAGCCCACACCCGUUAAACCAAACUACGCUCUAAAAUUCACCCUUGCUGGCCACACCAAAGCAGUAUCCUCCGUGAAAUUCAGCCCAAAUGGAGAGUGGCUGGCAAGUUCAUCUGCUGAUAAACUCAUUAAAAUUUGGGGUGCAUAUGAUGGAAAAUUUGAGAAAACCAUAUCUGGUCACAAACUGGGAAUAUCUGACGUAGCCUGGUCAUCAGAUUCCAACCUCCUUGUUUCUGCCUCAGACGAUAAAACCUUGAAGAUAUGGGAUGUGAGCUCGGGAAAAUGUCUGAAAACCCUGAAGGGGCACAGUAAUUACGUAUUUUGCUGUAAUUUCAACCCCCAGUCCAACCUCAUUGUCUCAGGCUCGUUUGAUGAGAGCGUGAGGAUAUGGGACGUGAAGACAGGGAAGUGCCUCAAGACUUUGCCGGCCCACUCGGACCCAGUCUCAGCCGUUCAUUUUAAUCGUGAUGGAUCCUUGAUAGUUUCAAGUAGCUACGACGGUCUCUGUCGCAUCUGGGACACCGCCUCGGGCCAGUGCCUGAAGACGCUCAUCGACGAUGACAACCCCCCAGUGUCAUUCGUGAAGUUUUCUCCGAACGGAAAAUACAUCUUGGCUGCCACGCUGGACAACACCCUGAAGCUCUGGGACUACAGCAAGGGGAAGUGCCUGAAGACAUACACUGGCCACAAGAACGAGAAAUACUGCAUAUUUGCCAAUUUCUCCGUCACUGGCGGGAAGUGGAUCGUAUCCGGUUCAGAGGACAACCUGGUUUACAUUUGGAACCUUCAGACAAAAGAGAUUGUACAGAAAUUACAAGGCCAUACAGAUGUUGUGAUCUCAACAGCUUGUCACCCGACAGAGAACAUCAUCGCCUCAGCUGCACUAGAAAACGACAAAACGAUUAAGCUGUGGAAGAGCGACUGCUAAGCCCGUGGCCACCCCGAGAGACUGUCGGGACUUGAUCUGGUUUGGCAAGAACAGUGGGCGUUGAGGAUAUGGCCCUGGUCUGGGUCUGGGGACCUGGGCAGGGCCUGACUUGAACCUUCUCCUCUUUGAAGACGAUUUGGCUGAGGGGGAGUGGACCACUGGAAAGUCCUAAUUUCCUGGUGACAUUUCUUGCCCAUUCUUCUAACGCUGUCUAGGGAACGGCUCCUAGUCUGUAUUGUGUUCAGAGUCAACAAAAAUUUUUAAUUUUUUAUUACAAAAGGGUGAAGUUCAAUUUAUCAUGAGUUGUGUUUUUCCAGUAAACGUUCUGUAUCACUUUUGAUAUUCUGCCCCAGUGCAAUGCUGUGACCCAUCUCCACCACCUGCUGGCCUCUCCCGCCUCAUCCUCCGUGGUCCCCGUCCCCUGUUUUGUAGGUGCUCUAAAACAUGGCUCCAGCUGUUCACGAUUCCUGCCUGUCAUAGUACCCAGCGUACUUUCAAGUCUUUUCUGGAAACACAGCAUUGUAAGGUUAUUUCCAUGUAAAGAACCUUUGUGUCCUGGGAUUCACAGUUCAUACGCUGACAGCAUGGAGGUCGUGGUUCCCCCGUCCGUCCCACUGAUGUUCAGACCACAGGCAGCAGUAGACCAUAAUAAAAGGAGGGAGUUUGUGAA